UUCAGAGAGUAUAUAAGCAUUGCCACUUCACCUCAGAAGAUCACUCAGAGAGAGUAGGACGAAAACUGCAUCGCAAAGAAAAGGUUUAUCCAACAAAAUGAAGAUUGUGAUUGUUCUUGCUUGUCUUUUGGGCAUCAUUGCUCCUUUUGAGGCCCUCCCUACAGAAAUUGAAAUUAGUGAACCACAGCCAUACCCAUUUCAUCCAUCACAUCCAAGCUACCCAACUCAGGGAGAUGCACCUCAAAACCCACCUUUAAAUCCCGGAUUUCACUGUCCAAAGGAGAUAGUUGACCCUAUAAUAAAGGCUUUACUAGAACUAGCAUGUAAUGGUCCUGCUGGGCCUCCCGGACCCCCAGGGCCUCCUGGACCCCCAGGGCCUCCAGGGCCUGAGGAGCCCAUAGAUUUUGACCAUCACCCUUGGCCCAUUGAUCCUGAGAGCUUCCCAUGGCCCAUGAGUCCUGAGAGCAUCCCACCACUCAUGAGUCCUGAGAGCAUCCCACCACCUAUGAGUCCUGAAGGCCCUAUGGAGACCAUGAGUCCUGAAAGCCACCCCCAAGGCACGUGGCCUCCUGUGGAAAACAUGUAGACUGGAGGCAAAAACCUGUUUUGUUGAUUGAUUUUGUUGAGAUGCAAGAUACUUAGAAGAUAUCUUUUUCUUUCUGGAACAGCUGAUGAAUGCCCCUGAUUUAGACUGACUUUUUAAAGCUUUGCAAUGUAUUCCUUUAAAUAAAUUUGACCAGCAAUAUA